UGAUGCUCCAGGUUAUCAACGGCUCAUCAAGACAUCUGCAAGUGAGAUCACAAGAGCUUUGACAGAUGGACACAAUGCUUAUGAAUGUAGUAUCUCACCUACCGCAAAACCAGAUGAAGAUUUUCUCCGUCAGUUUGAGGAGCGCUUAGGAACCCCAAAAGUAGAUGAUGUGUGGCUAGGCGACAUUAAAGAUGGGAAUCUUUUUCACUUUGGGGGAAAAUUACAUAAAAAUUCCGGAAGCAAUGUGGAGAAUGAUUUAAACAUUAGUGUUGAUACACUCGUAGCAAACAACGUUCUGGAUGCUUCUCUUCACCUACAAAUGGCGGAUUUAAAAGCUCCACCGUGUUCAACCGUGGGUAUCGAUGAAGCAACAAUUAUGAAUGAAUCAAGUGCUCAAACUACUGAGAGUGCAGUAUGCGAAGAUGCCGCCGCUGAAUCAAAUUGCACUAACCAAAAUAUUGGGACUACCGAUGCUAUAAAAUCAAGUUUUCUAACUCCGUUCAAGAAUGCUUUAUUGUGGCCGAAAACACCUAAAAGCAGUCUACCUAAAAGAAAUUUAAAAAGAUUAACACCCACAGUAGCUAUAGCUGCCGAUUUUAUAAAACAUCAGCAUCAUAUUGAAGAUGAAAAAAAGUCAAAUUAGAAAAGUCGUUGCAGAGUCAGAAAAAGAAAGAAAACAAUAAGAAACAAGAAAGUCAAAUUAAGACAAUACAAGAAAAAACAAAAAAAAACAUCGGGGAACGAGAAUGUAUCACCAAAUAUUGAUCUCACGUCAACUCAAUCUAUCGCAAUUGGUGAUUAUGCACUAAUUAUUUACGAGGAAGAAAAAUUCCCCGGGCAUAGUAAUAAGUAUAAUCGAUGACCAAUCAGGAAAAAAAUAUGAUCCCAAGACGAUGCAAAUGAGUGCAACGAAUUGGCGCUGGUCUGACAAAGUGGACGUGAGAAGAUUGGAACCACCAGUAGCGGAGUGUGUGCAUUUAGUGAU